AUGUCUACUUCGAAUGUGGUGGAAACACCCUUGGAACCAUUCGUCCUCUUAACACCAAGACUCAUUGUCCUUCCCACACCACACGCUGUCUCUCUACAAUCCUACCGAGAAUUCUAUGCGUCGCUCCAUGCAAAUGAAGCUUUUUGUAAAAUGGCCUUCGGGGACCGUUGCCCACCCAGGCAAUGGAGCGACGAGGAGACUCGUGAUGUAAUUCAAAAAGGCGAUAUAGGACGAUGCUGGAAAGCCCGCGGCAUGGGUGAUUUCGCCGUUGGUUUACGCCCGUCCGAUAUCUCAAUGUGGUCCAGCAAAAACAUCGAAAUUCUGGAAGGACUUGAUUUCACGGAAGACCCUCGCUUCGACGUCCACAAUUUGAAGGAAAUCGUCUGGGUUGGAUACGCUGGCGUCCGUGAUGGGACGACAACGUCCAUCCCCCCACGAGACGCCGCGGAUGCACCCUUCCCGCCGUGGAAUGAAAUGGUCGAGGUUCGGUAUGGCGUCUCGCCUAUGCACUGGGGUCAAGGAAUUGCAAAGGAGGCUGCAGAAGCUGUGAUGCAUUGGGCGGUGGAGACGCGCGGGGUGACGAGGUUCAUCGCCGAGACAGAAAGACCGAAUAGAAGAAGUGCUCGGGCUUUGGAGAAGCUUGGAUUUAGUCUCAGUGGAACGGAUUAUUGGAAAGAACCGAGUGAGAUCGAAUGGGAGAAAGUGGUCAAGUAA